AUGAUGCACCGUGUUUUUUAAGGUCGCCAGGUUCUGUUCUAUCGAUGUGAACUGAUACUCGCCGAGGCUUCAUAGACAUUAGUAAAUAUCUGGUUAUAUUUGGACUGUCUUUAUGUACUGUAUUACAGGCUUUAAUCAGUAUUGAACACACUUCUGUGUUGGUGAGGCGUCUUUCUGACGGGUGUUUCAGCGCUGGUUUGUGACAGCUGAGCUUGUGCUGCUGUCUGCUCCCGUCAUGGCUGAAGAAGGACCGUUUACAGACAUCAGCGGUAAACCCAUCUCGCUGGAGUGUCAGAACUACACUCCUUUCUGCAGAGAGUUCACUGUCAGCUCCCCGAAGGUCUCUCUACUCAAGGUGAUGGGGUACACCUGCUCCGUCUGGCUGCUCGCCUACGCCGUGUUCUUCCUCACGGAGAACACCACCGUCCUGUCGAGUGCUAUAAUGGUGACGUUGGUUGGAAUGAUUCUGCACAUCCACUUUGUGAAAGUGGACCAAGAAACUCUUCUCAUAAUCGGCUCACUGGGCAUCCAACUGUCCUCUUUAUACGCCUCAGGCCGGGAGAGCACUACAUUCAUUGAAAUGAGCAAAAUCAAAGACAUUGUAAUCAAUGAGGCUAUUUACAUGCAAAGUAUUAUAUACUAUCUUUGCAUCUUGAUAAAGGAUCCAUCAGAGCCUGAUGGAGUUGCCAGUGUUGUCCCUUUAUUUCAGAGUUCAAAGCCUCGGCUCAACUGCCUGGUUCGCGUGUACAAAAGCUGUCAAGAGAUAAUUGCACAGAGCCGAUGACAUAAAGUGUUUUUCAUCAGUGCUCAGCUAUGAAAAUGCUUCACUGCAGUCUGGAAACUCUCUGUAAACUCCCGACCAGUGUUUCAUCCUGGCAGCUUGUCCUACAUCACUCCGUUUUGACUGUUUGGUUUCUAAAGUCUGACAGUUAUAUUGACAAUGUUAAUAACACUAGAAAAAUGAAUAACCUUAAAAAUGAAUUGUCAGACAAUCCCUGGUUAGUUGAGUAUUAGUGACUUGAGUCAUGAGUUGGGCUGUUUGGCACUUUCUGAGGUCAAGUUUUAGAAUUAUAGAGGUAAAUUAGCUUUAUUUAUUAGCCAGAUCCAUUGAAACUCUCACUGUGAUUUCAAACUGUAUGUUUGUUUUUUGUUUUUAUAGAAAAUCAUGUAGUAACUUGUAGGAACUUUUCAGCUUGUGAAAGGUAAUAUGAAUUAGUUUGUACACAGCUGUACAUUGUUGUACAUUAAUUUUAGAAACUUUGAAAAACAAAUCUGUAAAUAAAAUAAUUUUGAUUAGUCA